AUGUCUCCGGCGCGUCCGUGCAGGGGACUGAGGGCCGCGGUGGCUGCCAGCGUGGGGUUGAGCGAGGGGCCGGCGGGCUCCGCCCGCAAGGGCCGUCUCCUCCGUCCUCCGGGCCCCGCUCGGGCGACGCCGGGGGCCCGGCUGCUACGGCUCCCGGGAAACGGGGCCGUGCGGGCCGCAAGCCCGGAGCGCGCCGGUUGGGCCGAGGCGCUGCGGGCUGCCGUGGCCGAGCUGCGCUCCGGCGCCGUGGUGGCCGUCCCCACCGACACGCUGUACGGCCUGGCGUGCUCGGCGAGUUGCUCGGCGGCCCUGGACGCCGUGUACCGCCUCAAGGGCCGCAGCGAGGCCAAGCCGCUGGCCGUGUGCCUGGGCCGCGUGGUGGACGUCUACAGGUACUGCCAUGUGAGAGUACCCGAGGGGCUCCUGAGCGACCUGUUACCAGGACCAGUGACCCUAGUGAUGGAACGCUCCGAGGAGCUCAAUAAGGACCUGAACCCCUUCACUCCUCUUGUAGGCAUCCGGAUUCCUGACCAUGCCUUCAUGCAGGACUUGGCCCAGAUGUUUGGGGGACCACUAGCUCUCACCAGUGCCAACCUCAGCUCCCAGCCCAGUUCUCUGAAUGUGAAGGAGUUCCAGGACCUCUGGCCUCAGCUGUCCUUGGUAAUCGAUGGGGGGCCAAUUGGGGAUGGCAGGAGCCCCAGGUGUCGCCUCGGCUCAACUGUGGUUGACUUGUCUGUGCCUGGAAAGUUUGACAUCAUUCGUUCAGGCUGUGCCCUGGAAAACACUACGGCUGUCCUCCAAGGGAAGUAUGGGCUGCUCCCUCACAGGGAUCCUGCUGAGACUUGGGCAGCAAAAGGGCCCCAGGACUGA